GAGAUUAUCCGGUCGGUGGGGUUCACGGUCGUCCCUGGGAUCUCUUAGGUGUUUUUGAUCUUCUCUUUCCUCGAGAAUCCCUGCAAUUGGGGCUUUCUCUGAGACCUUUUUUCGCCUUGAGAUCCCUUGAGUUAGGGGUUUUGUUGUUUUUCUGCCAUGGCGUUACGUUGUCCUCCUUUAGAGACCAUGUCCAAUUUCCCUUCCGUCAAUGGCGGAGUCUCCAUCCUCGACGCCUCCAAGUCCUUCGCUAAAGUCAGUAGCGCCAGGGCGGCUCCCUCCGUCAAGAGGGAUCGUUCCCAUUGGAGGAAUCUCGAUUUCUUCUGCGCGAAGAGGGAAUACACGAGAUCCUUCAAUCUGAUUCCCACUCUGACGGAGGAUGCGGGGACGGGAGGGAAGGGGGCCGGGUCCCUGCGCAGUGAUUGGAUUCGGUCUGGUUUGCCGGCGACGAUUCAGUUUCCUGAGGCGCGGAAGACGGAGGAAGGGGAGGGCGAUAAGCGGGAUUUCCUGCAGGGAGGAUGGGUCUAUAGCAAUUUCUCGGCGCCGGUUCAGUCGAGCGCGAUGACGAGGACGAAGGACGAGGAGGACGAUAAGCAGGAUUACUAUGUGAAUAUGGGAUAUGCCAUUCGGACGUUGAGGGAGGAGCUUCGCGAUGUUUUCUUUAAGGAGCCCACUUUCGAUAUAUAUAGGGAGGACAUCGUGUUCAAAGAUCCUCUCAACACAUUUGAGGGCAUAAACAACUAUAAAAUGAUCUUCAGGGCUCUACGCAUGUAUGGGAGGAUAUUCUUCAAGGCACUCUGGGUGGAUAUUUUGAGCAUAUGGCAGCCUGUUGAGAAUGUGAUAAUGAUCCGUUGGACUGUACAUGGUGCACCUCGCGUCUUUUGGGACAGCCAUGGCCGUUUUGAUGCGACAUCUGAGUACAAGCUUGACAGGAAUGGUAAGAUCUAUGAGCACCGCGUUGACAAUGUGGCAUUCAACUCCCCUCCCAAGUUCAGAGUCUUAGCUGUAGAAGAGCUUAUACAGACGCUGGGUUGCCCUUCUACUGCUCGGCCCACUUAUUUUGAGUUCUCCCCUGAGGCAAAUACCACAGAUGAGCAGGAACUAGCGUGAUCGAAGAAAAUGGUCACUUCAGUGUGGUCCGGACCCUACCUAUAUGCCAACGAAGGCAAAGUUCGGAGCCUGGCAUCUUGGCAUCUCGACUGGUGUGGAUACGCGUUUGAGUGGUGUUGGAUGGGGCGGGCCCAACGUCCCCUUGGCUUCAAGUGGUCCUUGGGCGCCCUUGGAGCGUUACAUCAUACUUGUAAUGCGCGAACCGCCAUCAUCUUCGGCGCGAUGGGUGGGGUCUUUGAUUAGGGAAGGUUGGACUUAGAUGCCGAUGAGAGAUCCGGAUUUUGCUGACAGAUGCUGGGACCGGCAUUUCCUUUAUUUUAUUUGAAGCUAGGAGAUAUCAAACCGUUUGUUUAUGGGAGCGCCAACUGGUCAGGCAACUUGACGAGUAGACCUACUUUUCCUCUACUUGGGGCGAUGCAUUUGUUUUGUGCAGUUUCACC